UCAAUGAGGAAGAAGAAAGUAAGUCAGUGUUUCUGCCGGAACUUCACAGUGUGACACCCGGCGGAUGUAAACAAAGAAGCAUGAGCAGAGUUAGCUUCACUGCUGUGUGGACUGAGCUAUAAAACGGCUGUAUUAUAGUAUGAAUGAGAAAUAUCAGAGCGAGAAAGUAACGAUGCGUUCAGUUGAGUAUCUGAGAGAGUUGAUCAGCGACAGACUAGCUGCUGCUGCUGGAGAAAUAUUCACAGAGUUUGAAAAAACCAUCGUCCAGUACCAGGAGGAGAUCGAUCGUCAGCGCAGACUGCUGGAUGUCAUCUGGAAACCACACAUCCCCUUACAGCCCAUAGAGCUCCCACAGUCGUAUGUCUGUGAAAAUGAGAAGACUGUUGUUGACCAUCAGCCCCAUGACCAGGAGAGAAACUCCAUGGUGGACCAUGAGGACCGAGAGCCUCUACGGAUUAAAGAUCAGCAGGAGGAACUCUGCACCAGUUGGGACCAAUCAAACCCCGAGAUUUCUCAAAUGAAAAUGGAACAGGAAGAAUUGUGCACCAGUCUGGACCAAUCAAACCCCGAGAUUUCUCAAAUUAAAAUGGAACAGGAAGAAUUGUGCACCAGUCUGGACCAAUCGAACCCAGAGAUUUCUCAAAUUAAAAUGGAACAGGAAGAAUUGUGCACCAGUCUGGACCAAUCAAACCCCGAGAUUUCUCAAAUUAAAAUGGAACGGGAAGAAUUGUGCACCAGUCUGGACCAAUCAAACCCAGAGAUUUCUCAAAUUAAAAUGGAACAGGAAGAAUUGUGCACCAGUCUGGACCAAUCAAACCCAGAGAUUUCUCAAAUUAAAAUGGAACAAGAAGAAUCGUGCACCAGUCUGGACCAAUUAAACCCAGGGUUACCACAAAUUAAAGUGGAACAGGAUGAACUCUGCUCCAGUCAGGAGGAAGAGUUAAUUGGAUUGAAACAGGAGACUGAUACCUUUGAGGUGAUUCCUGCUGAUGAGGAAAGUGACCACAGUGAACCAAAACCAAACAGUGACCAGCUCCUGUUUCACAUCUCUUGUGUAGCUGAGAGCCCGGAUCAGGAAGGAUGCAAGGAUGUAGACUCAGCAUCAACUAGAUGUAUCAAGCAGAAACCGAGACAUCAGAGUAACAGCAGUCACACUAAUGAUGUAGACAAUGCUCCGUUGUCAGAGAGACAGUGUGAUAAUGACAAGGCAAGAAAAUCUGCAACAUGUGAGGUCUGUGGAAAAGCUUUUAGGUAUAAAUCAAAAUUAAUCAAACAUCACAGAACCCACACAGGUGAGAAGCCAUAUUCUUGUGAAACCUGUGGGAAAAGCUUCAGUCAACGGACCAAUUUGACUGCCCACAUGAGAUGUCACACAGGUGAGAAGCCAUAUUCGUGUGGAACCUGUGAAAAAAGCUUUAGUCGACAGGCCCAUUUGACUGCCCACAUGAGAUGUCACACAGGUGAGAAGCCAUAUUCUUGUGAAACCUGUGGGAAAAGCUUCAGUCAACGGUCCCAUUUGACUGGCCACAUGAGAUGUCACACAGGUGAGAAGCCGUAUGUUUGUAACACCUGUGGAAAAAGAUUUUCUGGUUCAUCAGCACAUAAUAAGCACAUGGCAGUUCACAAAAUGGGAAAGCCAUAUUCUUGUGGAACUUGUGGAAAAAGCUUCGGUCAACGGACCUCUUUGACUUACCACAUGAGAUGUCACACAGGUGAGAAGCCGUUUUCUUGUGGCACAUGUGGAAAAGGCUUUAGUCAUCAUUCCCAUUUGACUGACCACAUGAGAUGUCACACAGGUGAGAAGCCAUAUUCUUGUGGAACCUGUGGAAAAAGCUUUAGUCGACGGAACAAUUUGACUGCCCACAUGAGACUUCACACAGGUGAGAAACCGUAUGUUUGUAACACUUGUGGAAAAAGAUUUUCUGAUUCAUCAGCACAUAAUAAGCACAUGGUAGUUCACAAAAUGGAAAAGCCAUAUUCUUGUGGCACAUGUGGAAAAAGCUUCAGACACCGGCGCUCUUUGACUGUCCACUUAAGACGUCACACAGGUGAGAAGCCAUUUUCUUGUGGAACCUGUGGAAAAAGCUUCAGUCAACGGGGCACUUUGACUUACCACAUGAGACGUCAUACAGGUGAGAAGCCAUAUUCUUGUGGAACCUGUGGAAAAAGCUUCAUUCAACGGACCAAUUUGACUGAUCACAUGAGACGUCACACAGGUGAGAAGCCAUAUUCUUGUGGAACCUGUGGAAAAAGCUUCAACCGUAGUUAUCGAUUAAAAGCCCACAUGAGAAUCCACACAGCUGAGAAGUCGUGAUCCUGAAACAUCUGUGGAAGCAUAAUGUCAGAACUAAGCUUGAAACAACAUGUAAGAAAUGGUACAGGUUAAAAGUAGAUGUUUUAGAUUUAAAGCACCUUUAGUCUGUGCUUCAACAACAAUUGUGAGGAAGUAUGUAAGCAAUCCUUGAUGAUCAGACCAGAUGGAGUCUGGACUGUGGUGGUGGUGGAGCAGGCAGAAGAACCAAACUGAAUGUCUGGAUGGAUAUGGUAUUGGUACAGACUGCUUCAUUUCUGCUAUCAUGACAUCCUUCAUCAGCAGAGCAGUGAUUGGAGAUAUUGUGAAGCUGUUUGGAACAUUUUCACAUCCUGCUGAGAGAACAUGGCUGUUCAGGUGUGAACAUACUGCUGGAAUCCACUCAGCUUGAGUUCUGCCGUCUUCCAAGUAAAAGGAGGAAACGAGAUACAGAGACAUUGUGACAGUAGGACACAACAGAGUGUGUCACUGCAGCAGAGGAGAUCUGGACAUGAAAUGAAGUUGUAAUAAAACAUGUACAGCUCCAUGACUGCUUCAUGAAAUGUUUUGAAUGUAUUUAAACAGACGUACAUUUACAAGUUGUUUAGUAAUGAAUGUAACAUUGAAGAUCCCCAGCAAGAAUAUCUCUGAAUCAGAUAAAACCUCUGGACACCACAUACAGCCCCACCACCUCUCCGUGUCUCAACCCCCCACCACCACCACCAUCACCCCCUCUCCUGUCAUCCUCCUCCACCCCCAGCCUCUCCAUAACAGCUCAUCAGGUGAGAAGUGAGCUAAAAAAGAUCAAGACCUGGGGCCUCAUUUAUAAAGCUUGCGUACGCACAAAACAGGGCUAGAAAGUGGCGUACGCCACUUUCUACGCAAAGUUUGUGAUUUAUAAAAACAAACUUGACGUGAGAAUGUGCGCACGGUGCGCCAACCUUGAUUCUUGAUGCUUCUUUACGCACAAAACAGUGCUAGAAAAUGGCGUAAAUCACAACCUUUGCGUAGAAAGUGGCGUACGUUGGGUACGUUGUGUACGUUGUGAUUUCUAAAAACAAACUUGGCGUGAGAAUGUGCGCACCGGUGCGCCAACUUUGAUGCUUGCUUAAGCACAUUUUGGAGACAGAGGGAACGGCAGUGCAGGAGGGUGAAGUGGUGAAUUGAAACCAGAUUGAUCUCAAACCUUUAUUGUUAUCACAUAUUAGACUUGUAGAGCCGGAUAAUCAUAAACCCUCAUUGUUGUAGAUGUUCAUAUAGUGCGCCAUUCGGCCUACGACUGUAUUUGCAGAACUAUGUUCAUAUAUCAAACUUCCAUCUUCAUAUAGAGCGGUGAGUGACACUGAUUGAUUACUAAUUUGGAAAAGGCCUGUGACAAUCAGUCCAAUCGCUGAUCAAGCGGAUAAAUAGCGGGUCACAGCCGUGUGUAAUGUGGCACAAUGGAUGAGCUGGCAUCGCUGGAAGAUCACGUUAAGAAUGGAGAGAGAUUUUAGGGAUCAUGGGGAUUUGCCCAUGACGAUGAUGACUGGCUAAUAAGCCGAUUCAGAUUCCCUAGAGCAGUGCUCUUGGAUCUAUGUGCUGAACUGGGCCGUCUUAGACCGACCCCCCCACCCAAACCACGUCAUCCCGGUACAGACACAGGAGCUGACGACUCGGGGGUUUCUGGUGACACCGGCUCCUUCCAGCGUUAAGUGAUCGACAGGUAUGUGUUUUAUAUGAAGAAUAUAUGAGGUUACAUUUGUUGUCUAAAUCCUAUCUGGGUCUGAUAUUCAGUUAAAUGAUGUCCUUUAGGUCUGGAUAUCACAACCAUCCCUCAGCGCAAUAAUACCAGCUGUUUAGGAUGACAUUAUAAACAUGACCAGUCAGUACAUCAGGUUUCCUUACACUGUGGGUGAACAGGCCAACAUUAAACGGCAAUUUGCAGCAAUGUCCGGUUUCCCAAAUGUAAUCGGAGUAACUGACUGCACUCAUGUUGCUGUAAGGGCUCCGAGUGAAGAUGAAUUUGUCUGUGAACCGAAAAAAUGUACAUUCAAUCAGUGUACAAAUUAUUUGUACAUCGGACAUGAUCAUAACAAAUUAAGUGUCAGGGUGGCCUGGGUCAACACAUGAUUCAUUCAUCCUGACGCACAGCAGUGAAAAGACUGCAGGGGGCGCUGUGUGAAAUGCCGUGGAUCAGCAGCUUAUUUAUAUACAGAUACAUUCAUGAGUUACUUUGCAUUGACCAUUCAUGGUAAAAUGUGGGUGUGUUGUGGGCGGAAUGUGAGGUGGAUCCACCUGUGCAAUCUUCCAGCUGGUGUGUGAUUUAUCAAGAAAUUGCAUGCAGCUGUGCUUACACACAGUUUUAUAAAUCAGGGGUGAAGGGCAUACGCCCUUUUCAGAUUUUCAGCGGACACAAACUUUAGUAUGGAUCCUACGCAAUGUUUUAUAAAUGAGGCCCCGGGAAAGCCGCAGGUACCGAUGGAAUCGGCUCCAGACUCCUCAGAGACUGUGCAGACCAGCUCUGUCAGGUGCUGCUCCGCAUCUUCAAACUGAGCCUGAGUCUGGAGAGGGUUCCUGUGUUGUGGAAGACUUCCUGUCUGGUUCCUGUCUCAAAGACCAGGAACCCCAGGGAGCCAAACCACUUCAGAUCUGUGGCCCUCACUUCUCAUCUGAUGAAGACGAUGGAGAGGAUCAUCCUCAGGAACCUCCGCCCCCUGGUGAGCCCUAAUCUGGACCCACUGCAGUUCGCUUACCAACCGAACAUUGGAGUGGAUGACGCAGUCAUCUACCUGCUGCACAGAUCGCUGACUCACCUGGAGGACACUGGCAGCACUGUGAGGGUCAUGUUCUUUGACUUCUCCAGUGCUUUCAACACAAUCCAGCCUUCUCUGCUCAGGGUGAAGCUUGAGAGAGUGGGAGUAGACUGUCACCUGGCUGCUUGGACCAUCGACUACCUCACCAACAGACCACAGUACGUGAGGCUUCAGGACUGUGUUUCUGAUGUAGUGGUCAGCAGCAUGGGGGCCCACAGGGGACAGUGCUCUCUCCCUUUCUCUUCAUCCUGUACACAUCGGACUUCCACUACAACCCUGGGAGCUGUCUCCUCCAGAAAUUCUCUGAUGAUACAGCCAUUGUUGGGUGUGUGUCUGAUGGGGAUGAGAUGGAGAACAGGACAGUCAUCUCUGACUUUGUUGACUGGUGUGAGCGAAACCAUCUGCAGCUCAACGCCAGUAAGACGAAAGAGAUGACCAUCGACUACCACAGGAGGAGGACACCUCAGCCUGCACCGGUGAACAUCCAGGGUUUGGACAUUGAGAUAGUGGACUCAUACAAAUACCUGGGUGUUCACCUCAACAACAAACUGGACUGGUCACACAACGCAGAGGUCCUGUACAAGAAGGACCAAAGUCGUCUCCACCUGCUGAGGAGACUGAGGUCCUUUGGAGUGUGCAGGACUCUGCUCUGGACAUUCUAUGACUCUGUGGUAGCGUCUGCUGUUUUCUAUGCAGUGGUCUGCUGGGGAGCAGGGAGCUCUGAAAGGGACAGAAAGAGACUGAACAGACUGGAGAGGAGGGCCGGUUCUGUGCUGGACUGUUCCCUGGACUCCAUAGAGGAGGUGGGUGAGAGGAGGAUGUUGGCAAAGCUCACAUCCAUCAGGGACAACCCCUCUCACCCACUGCAUGACACUGUGGAGUCUCUAAGUAGCUUUUUCAGCAGCAGACUGAGACACUUAACCUGCAAGAAGGAGCGCUAUUGCAAGUCAUUCAUUCCAUCUGCUGUAAGACUUUAUAACAUCAGCAUCACUGGAUGAUGUUUACACAAAAAUGGACAGUUUCACACAAUCCCUUACCACAUAAUAUGCACAGUUCUCUCGUACUUCACAUCAUUCCAUAAGCCACCUUUCCCAUCCGACACUCAUGAACAUAUUGUGAUUGUUAUUAUGAUUAUCAUUAUACUGUUGUUUAUUGUUGCUGUUGUUGCUGUACUGUAUGAUGUGUGCUGCUGUAACAUGGGACAUUUCCCCGGACACGGGGAGUAAUAAAGGAAUGUCUUAUCUUAUAUCAAAAACAUAA